CCAAUCGCCAGCUCAUGACUUACUGGCUACAGGAGCUACAACAGAAGAGAUGGGAAUACUGCAACAGCCUGGACAUGGUGAAGUGGGACAGCCGGACCUCGCCGACGCCUGGGGACUUGCCUAAGGGUCUUGUUGCCCGAGACAACACUGAUAUGAUUUACCCACAUCCAAAUGCUUCUGCAGAAAAAGCCAGAAAUGUCCUCGCUGUGGAAACCGUUCCUGGAGAGCUGGUGGGAGACCAGGCUGCAAGCCAACCAGCCUCUGGCCACCCCAACGCCAUUAACUUCUACUCUCUGAAGCAGUGGGGGAAUGAGCUCAAAAAUUCAAUGUCCUCUUUCCGUCCCGGGAGAGGGCAUAAUGACAGCCGGAGGACUGUGUUUUAUACCAGCGAGGAAUGGGAACUUUUAGACCCACCCCCGAAGGAUCUGGAAGAGCCUGUGGCACAGGAAGAAAAAAAGAAGCCGAUGCCCGAGGGCAGCAGAGGAGUCACCAUCUCAGGCUUCCCCUUUGACUUUGGGCGCAACCCAUACAAAGGAAAGCGUCCUCUGAAGGAUAUAAUCGGGUCAUACAAAAACCGUCACAGCACCGGCGACCCUUCAGGCGAGGGCACCUGCAGUGGAGUCACCAAGCCAGCCUCUGACAUGCAGCUGCAGCUUCAGAGCCAGCAGGAGGAGUUGGAACGGCUCAGGAAAGACCUGUCCAGUCAGAAGGAGCUUGUCCGGCUGCUCCAGCAGACUGUCCGCUCCUCCCAGUAUGACAAGUACUUCACCAGCAGCCGCCUGGGCGAGGGGGCUCCGGGGGACACGCUCGCGCUGCUGCACCAGAAGGAUGAUCAGAUCCUGGGCCUCAGCGGCCAGCUCGAGAGGUUGGCCCUGGAGAAAGACAGCCUCCAGCAGGAAGUGAGGACACUGAAGAGCAAAGUGGGCGAGCUCAACGAGCAGCUGGGCAUGCUGAUGGAGACCAUCCAAGCCAAGGACGAGGUCAUCAUCAAGCUCAGUGCGUGGGAAAGCAGCGCCACAUCCCCCACCUCAGGGCCCAGCUCCCCCUCGCCUCCCCCAGCCAGCAGGGACCAGCUGGAGCUGGACAGGCUGAGGGAUAAUCUACAGGGCUACAAAACUCAAAAUAAGUUUCUAAAUAAGGAAAUUUUGGAGCUCUCAGCUCUUCGACGGAACGCAGAAAGGAGAGAGAGGGACCUGAUGUCAAAGUAUUCUAGCCUGGAAGCCAAGCUGUGCCAGAUAGAAAGUAAAUACUUGAUACUGCUUCAAGAGAUGAAGACCCCCGUGUGCUCGGAGGACCAGGGCCCUGCCCGGGAGGUUAUAGCACAGCUGCUGGAGGACGCACUGCAGGUGGAGAGCCAAGAGCAGCCUGAGCAAGCACGCAUCAAACCUCAUCUUGUCAGUGAGUAUGACAUUUACGGGUUUAGGACUGUCCCGGAUGCUGAUGAGGAAGAGAAAUUGGUUGCCAGGGUCCGAGCACUGGACCUGAAGACUCUGUACCUCACGGAAAACCAGGAAGUUUCCACUGGGGUCAAAUGGGAGAAUUAUUUUGCAAGCACAGUGAACAGGGAGAUGGUGUGCUCUCCCGAACUGAAAAACCUGAUCCGUGCGGGCAUCCCCCAUGAGCACCGUUCGAAGGUGUGGAAGUGGUGUGUGGACCUCCACACCCGCAAGUUCAGGGACAGUGCGGAGCCCGGCUACUUCCAGACCUUGCUUCAGAAGGCCCUGGAGAAACAGAACCCAGCCUCCAAGCAGAUCGAACUGGACCUGCUACGGACUCUGCCCAACAACAAGCAUUACUCCUGCCCUACCUCGGAGGGCAUCCAGAAGCUGCGCAACGUCCUGCUCGCCUUCUCCUGGCGCAGCCCUGACAUCGGCUAUUGCCAGGGCCUCAACAGGUUGGUGGCUGUGGCUCUCCUGUACCUAGAACAAGAAGACGCUUUCUGGUGUCUGGUCACCAUCGUGGAAGUGUUCAUGCCCCGAGACUAUUAUACAAAGACCCUUUUAGGAUCCCAGGUGGACCAGCGUGUGUUCCGAGACCUCCUGGGGGAGAAGCUGCCCCGGCUGCACGCCCACUUCGAGCAGCACAAAGUCGACUUCACCCUCAUCACGUUCAACUGGUUCCUGGUGGUGUUUGUGGACAGCGUGGUCAGUGACAUCCUCUUUAAGAUAUGGGACUCCUUCCUCUAUGAAGGGCCAAAGUUCCUGCUGCUAGAUGGCCCACACCCCCCAGACCUUGCCCACUUGGACUGGGCACCCCUCUCUGCCCCCAGUGAUCAGGCACAGUGCACAGGAAAGGGGAAAUGUCUGCUUAAGACCCCCCUCCCCACAUCCAUACGAAGCCAAGAACAGUAG